AUGGCUUUCGACCGGUGUCACCACCGCUACGUCUACAUCGGCUGCUCCAUUAGAAUCCGUCUCUUCCAGAACGACCAGCGAUGCUGCAUCUGCAGGACGUACUGCCCCAACGUCAUCGUCACCCAUGUCGACAGCAGGCUAGAUGACUUGCCCUUCUUCCCUAUGUUGCCGCUUGCUUUGGGUCCCGGCGGCAGGGUGGGGCGAGGACGACACUACUGGUGGUACCAUGGCGGCAUGGAGGCUUACUUUGACGACCAAGACCAGUACGAUAUGGCCACCAAGCUGUGUGCAAAGCCGCCGCCGCCGCCACGGCCGGACCCAGAAAUCAACGUUUUUGAAGCCGAAACGACGGUGAAUCAGCUGGACGAGGAUGAACCAUCACAACAACCAGCAGGCGUCGUCGAGGACAGGAUGAACCGCGACGAGCCGCUUUCAGAGGCAUGCCUAGUUGUGUCGUAG